AGAAAAAGGACGAGAACGGACCUGUCCAGCUGUCGCUCACGCAGCAGCUGGCCGCCCCUGCUUCUCUGUGCGUUUUAACAGAGCGCCUGCGCGGAAAAAAGUCUCUCUUUCUGUUUUUUUUGUCCGCCUGUGUUGCUAGAAGUUUCUUCACUUGUUUUUCGAAAGAAUCCUUCUUCACGGUUUUGCGCAUAUACAACUUCUGGUCCACAAAUGAACUAUCUUCGACGCGGGUCUUACCGUAGCCUCGCUUCUCCGAGUCUUGUCUGAGAGAACUUUGUUCUCUCUGAAGACUGAGAGAACUUGGUUCUCUCUGAAGAAUUUCUUCUUUGUCCCGGUCGUGACGCUGCACACCGCGUUCGCUGUCGACUCAGGUGACCGAGACUUCCAGAACUCACGGCAGCGCCGUUCUUUCCUUGAACACGGUAGCGAGUCAGAAGCCAGAGAGAAACGUCGACGGACGUCUCUUCUCGUCCAGCUGCGUAUGUCUCUCUCGUUGUUUGUCGCUGCAUUUCUACUACAUGUCUUGCGCUGUGUGACGUUGAACUGUCAGACCUGUCAAGCUUCUCUAGACAUCCAGAUCUGGAUGGGUUCCUUCGCUCCACUCUUCUCUUCCCCCGUCUCCUUCCUGGUCGUCUCUUCUCUGCCGACCCCCGUCCUGUCUUCUCUCUGUUGCUUCCUCUCCUUCCGUUGUUUAUUCUUUUUUCUCCUUUUUCUCGUCUGCUCUGCUCCUGUCUCCUCCGCUUCCUCUUUCUCCCUCCCCUUCUCGAUCCUGGCUUCCCUCUCUUCUUUCGCUGUUCCUCUUCUCGCUCUCCCUUCUCUUCCUCCUUCUCCGCUUCCUCUUUCUCCCUUUUUUUCCUGAACAAUGUCGGACCUUGCUAAGACUCCAGAGUCUGCUGGACCUUCGCCGUGGGUGGAGGCCGCGACCGCGUCGCGCGCGUCUCUCCGCGGCUGUUCCUCAGGGCAGGCGAAGGAUCCUUCGGCCUCACACCUGCAGCAGUCGGAGCCUGCGUUCUCUCCGGGAUCCAAGUCGUUUGUCGACAAGGAAGUCUACGAGUACAUUCCAGAUCCUGCACUUUCGUUCGCGCCCCAGAACUCGGAGGCGGACGAAGUCACGAGGUCCAGCUCGCGAGCCUUCAAGGGGCGCAGAAACGACAUCGACGACGAGAGCCUCGAGCCUAGCGUCGCCUUCGAAACCUUCAGAGGCAAGACUUACAAAACGACUCAGUUCAACCAAGGCUUCGCCAAGCAGCCUUCGAUGCAUGCGCGGAAAACUCGCGCGCUCCGCGACAGAGAUUUCUCCGCCGACUUCGACGGCUGCUCUGCCCGGAAGGGAGCUCCGCAAGACAACUUGAAUCACGGCGCGUCGAUGUCGAUCUUUGAGAUGGGGAACACAUGCUUCGAGACGCCCCUGGGGCGCCUGCAGCGUUUGCGAAUGGAGGUGGAGGAAAUGCUGGAUUUCGUUUCUUCAUUCAUCGUGAGAGAAAACGUGGAAGAAGGAAAAACAGACACGGAGAAAGCCGCGGGAGGCGACCCAAGCUCUGCCUCGAAGCCGACGUACACGCAGAAAAUUCUGACGUCUGAGGAAAAACAGACGCUUCUCUUCGGUCGAGAGCCUCUCUCUCUCAUGAGCGACCUCGACUGCCUGCGCAUGCAGAUUCUGAGCGUGAUGAACGAUCCGUCGCUUCAGCGGCUUUUCGCGGGAGUGGAACCCACGACGGGGAAGAAGAGUGGAACUCAACUUCUUCUGCAGCAUCUUUCUCAAGUGAAGAUGAAUUUGCAAGCCGUCGCCGGUGCAUGUGCGUCGAAGCCUGAAGACGCAGGCGAGAAAUCCGCCGGUGUCUCGAGCGCAGAGAAAACUGAGAGCGGUGAACCACAGGCAGACGCGGCGGAGAAGCAAAGUGUUUCCGGCGCAGGACAGUCAGAAGCUGCUCCAGGGAUAACCCAGUACGACAUCUACUGCGUUCCUUCUCUCAAGCCUUUGCUCGACAGUGGACGAGUGGCGACGCUGGAGAGGCGCUUAGCACAGGUGGAAGGUCGCAUCGGGAUGAGCAACAUCAGCCUGUUGCCCUUCUCAGAUCUGCAGCAAGCCGUGACGACAAUUUCGCAGAAACUUUCUCUGCUGGAUCAGAACAAAGUGGAACAGCUGCAGAAGCGGACACAAACUCUUCUGCACGAACUGCAUGCGCUGCAGCACCGGCGUCGAGAGAUCGACUUUUCGAGUGUCCACGCAGAGGGGAAGCGUACAGAGGGGACGGACGAAGGUCUGAAGCCGCCCUUGGCAUCGCGAAAUCCCCAGAGAGACGAUCAACGCGUGGAGGAAAUGUUCGAUCUCUGCGAAAGAUGGAAAGGUACUGCGGCGGCCCUGCCCUCUGUCGUCGAAAGACUGCAGGCACUCAAAACGCUCCACCAAGAAGCGGGAGGCCUCUCCGUUCGACUCGGAGUUUUGGAGGAGCAACAGGGUGAGCUUCAGUCGCUGUUGGCUGCUGCGGAAGCGAACGUGGAGAGUCUGCAGCACACCGUGAUGGAGACCGUCUCCUGGGCUCGCAGUACGGUAGAGGCACUGCAGUGGAGACUGCAGAGACUUGGAUUUGCUGAGGAGAAGAGCAACGAUGUAAAAUCAGAAACUGAUACCCAGUGAAGAAGAAUGCGCCGCAUAUAGUGACAGCUGGAAAAGCAGAAUUUUUUUCAAGCUCUUCAGGGCGAUCGGAUACUUCACACCCAAGCGACCCAUGCAGCGAUGCGUAAAUGUCCAGUUCACGCUUUCUCGAAGUACAAAAUAUGUAUAUAUGUGUAAACAUGGUUGUGAGGAAAAAGAGUGAAAGACGUAUUCUUUUGCAAAGAGACAGUGGAGGUUGAGUUCCGAGGUGUCUUUGGUCGCUGCACAUAGGGGCUGCGUGCAGUGUCCAGAACGCAUGUUUUUGAGCGACUUGUGAAGAACCUUGCAUCGGAGAUUCCUGCGUUUUCGUCUUCUUCCACCCCAACAAAGUUGGUCGGGGAGAGGGGACGCCUGUUUUGCGGUGACUUUCUUCUUUUGGGGGGGGGGGGCGGGAGAAACACCGAACGAACAGAGGGGAAGUCUCACUGGUUAAGAGAAGGACCUUUCGCCGCGCUAGCCUGCAGGUGUCAGACCGUUUCUCACAAGCGUGCAAAAAGAACUGGUCGGGAGUUUUUCUGCAGUUCACCAAGUGCCUCUCUCAUGCGCGGCUGCAAGUGAGAGCGUUUGUGGCUCUCGCUUUGCGGCAACGCAUGCGUCGUGGUACAGUUAAACGCAUGAUUCCUUAUCAAAUUCUUGUCUGUGCUCCUGUCCAACUUAAGAGAGAGACUGGCACUCUUAUCAGACACGGACCGUCAUAACCUUUCAGAACAUGUG